GUUUCUGUGAGAUUUUCUGUGGUAAAACAGCAAGAUGAACGCUCUUUUGGGAAUGUGCUGUGCCUUCCUGCUCGUGGGAGUGGCAUAUGCAAAAAUGGAUGACGAGGUGAAGGAAGUUUUGAAGCCGUUCGUAGAGUCUUGCGUCGAAGAACAGAAUAUUUCGCCGUCGGAUAUGGAGAAUUUCGAAAAUCAUGAUAUAGAAGGUGAGGAGAGGAAGAAAUUGGGAUGCCUGAAAGCUUGCGUGAUGAAGCGUAUGAAUACGUUGGUGGAUGGGAAACCGGUACCAGAGAACAUGCAAGAGUUCUUGGACACGGCAAUGGCAAAGACACCAGAAAAGAUACCAGAUGCAAUGGAGAAAGCUUACCGAUGUGCAGAAGAGGUUAAGGACAUAGCCGACGAGUGCGAGCUCGCGUUCGACAUAACGCGCUGCCUCGCAGAGUAAUUCCGAUUACCCUGCCGAUUUCUCAGGUAAAAAGCAAUCUGACCUAUGCGACAGAGAGGUAAAUAAAAUACGGUGCAAUUGUAAGGAUACGAAAUAAAAGGCAAUGUAUUGAAUGUUAAACAUUGAAA